AUGCCCAUUCCGCCUGGCGGGUGUCAUUUCCCUCAUGCUUUCCAAAAGAACUCAAGUCGCUCAGAUGCCUUACCUGUUAGCCAGGACGUGGACGAGUCAGGACCCUCUGCACCGCGAGUGGAGAAGGAGCAGCCCAACUUCAACGUGUCGGGAGCUCUGGCGGCAGAUCAGAAUACCUUCAAGGGCGUAGUACUGAAAUACAGUGAGCCUCCAGAAGCACGAAAGCCAAAGGAGCGAUACCGGCUGUACGUAUUUAAAGGGAAGGAACAGAUAGAUCUGCUACAUAUACAUCGCCAAAGCGCAUUCCUUCUCGGUCGUGAUCGCGUGGUUGCAGACAUACCCGUCGACCACCCCUCAUGUUCGAAACAACAUGCCGCCAUACAGUAUCGUCAGAUAGUCGAAACAGAUCCGCUGGGACAAGUCACGAGGACUGUGAAACCUUACAUCAUCGAUCUGGAUUCGGCUAAUGGAACGUUCAUCAACAACAGCCGGAUUCCGGGAUCGCGUUAUGUGGAGCUGAAGGUUGGCGACACGAUCAAGUUCGGUUUCAGCAGCCGGGACUACGUGCUGUUGAGCGAGGAGGUGGCCGAUUGA